AUGUCGACCCAGCCUUUGCUACAGCGCACGGCGUCAAAGCGCAUCGCUCUCCCAGUGCGCGUUGAACCCAAAGUAUCGUUCGCCAACGAGCGCACCUUCUUAUCAUGGCUCCACUUCACUGUUGUCCUCGGCGGUCUUGCAGUGGGGCUACUGAACUUCGGUGACAAGGUCGGGAGGAUUAGUGCGGCAAUGUUCUCUGUUGUUGCUAUGGCUGUCAUGAUAUACGCGUUGUAUACUUAUCAUUGGAGGGCUGCUUCUAUCCGCAAGGGAGGGCGUGGACCUUACGACGACCGACUUGGACCUACUAUUCUAUGCUCCGCACUCCUCAGUCAGCCCAGUUUCAUUCUGCGAGUUUUGAUGUGCCCUCAUUCCCCUACAGUUGCUAUCAUCGUCAAUUUCGUGUUGCGAUUCACGGAGACGUAA